AUGGCUACAUUCUCGUAUACGAUCCCCUUGCCCAUCAGAUGCUCUACCACCGGUAACAACCAAGAUCCUAAUAAGCAAAACCUGAACAAAAUCAAAAUUACUGGGACUCCUACCAGGUCCGUUAAGGUUGAUACACUUAGCCAAACUGCCGGGGUGGCGAAAACCUCGGUUGCUUCGGUCGAAAAUGGCCAUAUCUCCAAAGAGCAGAUACGUCAAAACAUACCAACAAAGAAGCAGUUUGUUGAUUAUCAUCGCCAAGGCCUCAUCGUCGAAGGUGGUGUUGGGUACAGACAGACUGUUGUUAUUAGGUCCUAUGAAGUUGGUGCUGAUAAAACUGCUACGCUCGAGAGCAUCCUUAAUCUUCUUCAGGAAACAGCAUUGAAUCAUGUAUGGAUGUCGGGACUUCUCAGCAAUGGAUUUGGUGCCACACAUGGAAUGAUGAAGAACAAUCUCAUAUGGGUCGUCUCAAGAAUGCAAGUCCUGGUGGAUCAAUACCCAAUCUGGGGAGAGAUAGUGGAAAUCGACACAUGGGUUGGAGCAUCAGGGAAGAAUGGAAUGCGGCGAGACUGGCUCAUACGAAGCCAAGCAACAGGCCAUGUCUUUGCACGUGCAACAAGCACUUGGGUGAUGAUGAACGAAAAGACAAGGCGCCUCUCAAAGAUGCCAGAGGAGGUCAGGGCUGAAAUUUCACCGUGGUUUAUAGAGAAACAAGCUAUCCAUGAAGAUGUCCCAGAGAAAAUCUCGAAGUUGGACAGCAACGCAAAAUAUGUGAACUCAAACUUGAAGCCCAAGAGGAGUGAUUUGGAUAUGAACCAACAUGUCAACAAUGUGAAGUACGUUAGAUGGAUGUUGGAGACUAUUCCUGACCAGUUUUUGGAGUCUCAUCAACUUUCCGGCAUCAUCUUAGAGUACAGAAGGGAGUGCGGGAGUUCAAAUAUAGUUCAAUCACUCUGCGAACCCGACGAGGAUGGAAUCCUUAAUAGUGGUUUGAAACAAAACAACGACAUGAGCCCGCUCAAUAGGUUUUCUUUGGCCUCAGAAAUCAUGGAAGGCAAUGGACUACUAGGAUCCUUGGAUAAGGUCCCUCUAAGAUACACACAUCUCCUUCAAACCCAAGGAGAUACUGAAAACGAAGAGAUCGUAAGAGGAAAGACCACAUGGAAGAAAAAGCAAUCUAAUAUUGAGCUGUCUAAUAUGCCAUUUUCCAUUUAA